UACAAAUGGCCGCCGGCGGCUUUACACAAGCAGAAGCGCAAAUACGAACGGGCCACGUUCACAGUUUAAUUUUUCUUCGACAUGGCUUCCUUCUUAUGGAGUUUUGAAAGAAAUAUUAAUUGUAUUUUAAGAAAUGCACAUUUAUUACAAUAUUUUAUAGUUUUCAUUGGACUAUUCAGUGUUUCAUUGGGUCUUUAUGAGGAUCAAAUUGGAAAAUUUGACUGGAAACAAAGUUAUGUUGGAAAAGUUAAAUUUGCCAGUUUUGAUACUGUGUCAACGACAAAAAAAAUAAUUGUCGCGACUGAAGAAAAUGUCAUCGCCGCUCUAAAUCUCAAAUCAGGUCAAAUACUUUGGCGAAGAGUUUUGGAAAGAGGUAGUGGUGGUCGAAUAAGGGCAUUAAGUGGAAUAGAAGAUGAGAUAUUAAUUUCUGUAAGUGGUGGUGUACCAGCAAUUGUAAGGGCUUGGGAUUUAGCAAGUGGACAUAUUGUAAACGAAUGGCCAAUGACGGAGAGAAAUCCUGAUAGGAUAGAGGACGUUAAAUGGUACAUUAAGGACGGUACUUUACAUCAUAUUUUGCCAAUUUUCAAUAGUGGCGUUGAAAUUACUUCUUACGAUAGUAAAACUGGAGAGAAACUAAAAACACGAACUGUUUCCGCUCCGUUUAUAAGUCCAGAGACUGAUUGCGUAUUAGCUGCGCCAUAUUUAGGUUGCUUGAAAGGUGAAAAUGAUUUGGCAAUUCUCUUUUUAAUAAAUAUAUUUGAACCAAAUUCUGAGCCCCAGACAAUCACAAUAAAUAGCAUAUUUGGAGCGGGAGUUCAAAGUCCUUAUCGACUUGAAUUGGUACGCGGUGAUAAAUCAGCUCUUGUAAUUAGCGCCGAUGGCAAUGCAAGAAAACGAAUUCUCAUCACUGAAAAUGAUCCAACAAUAUUGGAAAAAGAAAUUUCAGGCGAUGCUUCCGUUUAUAUUGUCACCGUUGAAAAGGAGAAGGCAUUAUUGGAAAUGAUUAAUAAAAAUGGCAUUACAGAAGUAACGGCAACAGAACUUUCAAGUCUAAAACCAUUGCCAGCAUUGUCAUUUACAAGUAAUCAUAAUUCAUUGCAAGCACCAAUGAUAAUGGCUUCAAUAUGUCCUCGUCAAUCAAAGGGAAUAAUGUGUAGAAAUCUUGUUCUUUCGGAGGAUCAUAGUCUUGCGUUAUUGCAACAUAAUAAAUUGGUUUGGGUGAGAGAAGAGGCUUUAAGUACAAUUGUUACCACGGAAAUUGUUGAACUACCAAUGUCAGACAGAGAUCAAGCGAUAGAAACGGAAUUCGAUCAAAAAGAAAGUAUUGAUGUAGACGGUUCAUGGAACAUCAUCGAUAUGAUUAUAAGAAGGAUUGGUUCUCAAGUUUAUCAGGCAAAAUCAUUGAUUCAAUCACUUUUGGGAAUUGAACCACAACAAUCAAAUCAAAGAGCCGAUUUAGUUCGCGAUAAAUUUGGUUUGCACAAAAUGAUCGUUGCCGUUACUUCCAGUGGAAAGAUUUUUGGUAUCGAGACGAGAAAAGGAGAGAUAAUUUGGCAAUCGAGAGUAUCUAAUAUUCAAGGAUUGUCAAAAAAUUCAAAUAAAAUGAUUUUAUAUUUGCAAAGAGGCAGUAGACAUUUUCCUCAUCCUCCUCAAUGCGCUUUAGUUGCAGCCAAUAAGGAAAAUGGAAACGGUGUUGUAUUUACAUUUAAUCCAAUUACUGGCCAAUCAAUAGGAAAAUUAAUAAAGUUGGAUUAUAAAAUAAAACAAUCAAUGCUUUUACAUGCAGCCACAGAUGAAUUUCUACGUAGUAUUUUGAUUCUUGAUGAAAAAAAUCAAAUUCACAUUAUUCCAGAAGAAGCCACACCAUUUGCAGUUUCAGUGGGAAAAAGCAUGUAUCUAUUUACUGCCGAUCAAACUACUGGUGUACUCAAUGGAUUUUCCUUAUCUUAUAGUCAUGAAAAGAAUCUAGUCGCUGAUAAAGUUUGGGAGUUGGUGCUCUCGCCAAAGAAUCAAAAGAUUAUUGAAAUUGUAUCGAAAAAUCCACUUGAGCAUGUACAUUCACAAGGACGUGUGUUAAAUGAUCGUUCGGUACUUUAUAAAUAUAUUAAUCCAAAUCUCGUUGCUAUUGUUACUCAAGGAGUCAGCGCAACUCAUAAAAAUACAUUGAAUGUUUAUCUAUUGGACAUUGUAUCUGGAUCAAUGAUUUUCUCGAUGGUACAUAAAAAGGUUCGUGGUCCAGUGCACGUGGUACAUUCUGAAAAUUGGUUAGUUUAUAGUUAUUUCAAUGAUAGAAGUCGAAGAACAGAAAUUGCAUCCUUGGAACUCUACGAGGGAAAGACACAAAAUAAUUCGACUGUGUUUUCCUCUUUGUCAACAACAAAAUUACCAAUUGUCGAGAGACAAGCUUUUAUAUUUCCAGGGGCAAUUGAAUCGAUGAAAGAAACAAUUACCGAGAAAGGAAUAACUAGUAAACAUAUUAUAGUGGCCUUGGCAAAUGGAGGCGUUUUAGAAUUGCCAUGGAUGCUGGUUGAUCCAAGAAGACCAAUAAAUCCAGAAAUACGAGAAGAAGGAGUGAUACCUUAUAUGCCAGAGAUUCCAAUUCACAUGGACUCUGUUAUAAAUUAUAAUCAAAGUGUCUUUGGAGUAUCGGGAAUUCAUACUAGUCCCAGUGGCCUUGAAAGUACUUGUCUAGUCUUUGUACAUGGUCUUGAUUUAUUCUACACUAGAGUAGCGCCGUCAAAAACAUUUGACGUUCUUAAAGAAGAUUUCGAUUAUUAUUUAAUUGUCAUUGUUCUCGCGGGAUUAGUAAUUUCAUCUUAUGUCACAAAAAAAUUGUCUUCACAAAAAGCUCAGAAACAAGCGUGGAAAUGAUGUUACAUUACAACAUUAGAAAUUAGUUCAUUCGUGACGCGACAACUUUCAUAAAGAAUAAUAAAUAAUGAUGUUAAAAAAAAAAAAACAAAGAAAAUAAUAACAAAAAGGUAAUGUGUAAUAUAUUCCAUUUCAUAUAUAUAGAUAUAUAGUUACUAUUUACUGCAAAUUAAAUUAUAAAUGAUAUUUAAUGUUAUUUUCAUCCAAAGAUCAUCAUUUUACGACUGCGGCUUAACUUUUUUCCCUGAAUGAAAAGUUUUGUCCAAAUAAAAGUUUCAAUUAAUAAUUUAAAAAAAGGUACUAAAUUUUUAUAAUUAAAAAAAGAAAUUCAUGUUAAGGGGGAAAGGGAAAUUAGCAGGAAUUGAUUUUUCUUAAUUUUUGACAUUUCUAAUAGUGAAAGAGUGUAUUUUUAAAGAAUUAUAAAAUAUGGAGAAUAACCCCUCUUUACACUUUUUAUCAGUAGUUUUCUAUAUUAGGAGAAAUAAUGAAUAAAAUAGAACAUUUUUCUUAGACGAAGACUUAAUAAUAUAUAACUUGAAAAUGAAAUAUAUAUAUAAUGUGAAUUCAAGAUACAAACAAUUUUCACUAAUGUUUCAAAUUUUUGAUUAUUAAUUUAAUGAAAAUUUGUAUUUACAAAAAAAAAAAAAAAAUACUAGUAACAAUUUCUAAAUAUCAAUAAGUAAUUUUAAUGUCAAUUUACACUUUUCAUCUUGUUUCUUAUAUUUGUACCUGCAUUUCUAUUUAAAAGUGGCAUUUAUCAAUUCCAUGUUUAUAAGAGAAAAAAAAAAGAACAUUGCCAACUUCACAUAUAUUGUAUAAUUGUUACGUAGAUGGUAAUGGCUUUUUUAAAAUAACAAAACUAAGUAUAUAAUAAAUAAUGAAAGAUUGUCAAGAACACAUUUUGUAAGGCAGUCUUUUCAUUUUUAUCAAUGAAAAAGGACAAACUGAAAAAGAGUAUUUUAUAUAAAUACUCUUGCAAUAAUUGUACAAAAAAUUAUGCGAUUCGUAUAUUGUAUAACGUAAAAUCGAUCGCUUACAAAUAAUAAUUGAACUGCCAAAUAGCAGUUAAGAGUUACUAUAAUAAUUUGGAAUAAAAGUAAAGAAAUUUUCGUUGUUGAUAUAAAAAAAAAAAAAAAAGAAAACAAAAAAAAAAAAAAAUGAAAAUAGUAUCGCAAUUAUUCCAAAUAUUCCUUGCCUUGUGGAUGAUAGAAUAAUUAUUAGUUUGCUAUUUAUAUGCAAUAUUAUACACAAAAGAAGGUGGAUUAUCAUGAUAAAUAGCUGAUAUGAAAUAUAAUAAAUGAAAUAUUAGUGAAUUCUUAAAUUAAGAUCUCUGUACAGAAAAGGCACGGUUUUAACUGCGCUUUUAUUAUUACACUUAUAAAUUACAUACAGUGUAAAACGAAAGCCGAGAGGAACGAGAAAUUAAUCCGAUUAAAUAUCGACCAUUCGUAAUGUACAUAAUUACAGAAGCACAAUAAAUGUGAUUUUGUAAAAUA